GUUCGUGCUCCUGCCUUUCUGAAGGAGAGCCAUGGAAGCCUUCCCGUCCCCUAAAGACUCUGCCAAGUUCAUAGCCGAGAGCAGCCAAGACGUGCGCGUCGAAGAAGAGGGAGUGAGGAAAGUUGCAGAGGCUCUGUUUGACAAAGUCUCGGCAAAAGAGUUCAGUUUGGCUGCCUGGAAAUCUCGUCACGAACUGAACCCUCAAGCAGUGAGUGAUGAUGCCGUGAACUGGGUGUUUCUUGCUGAUACCCUUAACUUUUCCUUUUGGUCCGAGCGCGAAGACACUAAGUGUCUGGUGAAGUACAGAGGCAAGAUGUACAGUGGUUACUGGUCUCUUUGUGCUGCAAUCAACAGAGCACUUGAUGCUGGAAUACCUAUUACCAGUGCAGCAUAUUACGCCACUGUGACACUUGAGCAGGUUAGACAUGUAUUUCGCUCUGACACAGAUGUCCCCAUGCCUUUGAUUGAAGAGAGACAUCGUAUUCUGAAAGAAACUGGGACAAUUCUGCUUGAGAAGUUUGGAGGCUCUUUCGUCACCUGUGUUAAAAUGAGUGAGAAAAGUGCUCAGAAACUACUGCGUAUUGUAGUAGAGAAUUUUCCUUCUUACAGAGAUGAGGCUACAUUUAAGGGUAAAAAGGUGUCUUUUUAUAAACGGGCACAAAUACUAGUGGCUGAUACCUGGAGCGCAUUGGAAGGGAAAGGAGAUGGCUGCUUCAGUGACAUUUCUAGUCUGACUAUAUUUGCUGACUAUAGGAUCCCUCAAGUCCUUGUUCACCUGGGAGCAAUGAGAUAUUCUGAUGAACUGAUGAGGAAACUCUGUGAAGGAGUAAUGUUCCAGUCAGGAGAUCAACAAGAAGUGGAGAUCCGAGGUUGUUCUAUUUGGUGUUGUGGAUUGAUUUGUGAUCACCUGCUGGAACUUUAUAAGAAGAAGGGACAAAACAUGAGUGAAAGAAUCAAUGCAGUUCUUCUUGAUUAUUAUCUAUGGGACUAUGCCCAGGAUCACAGAGAAGAUAUGAAAGAAAUUCCAAUUCAUCGUGUACGUGGCAUAUACUACUAACAACACCAAUUUUAUAGAUCUGUCACUGAAGCAUCAUGCAGCUUUGUUACUUAAUUUGUAGCUUUUUAUAUACUGACUUGAAGCAUUCAGUAGAAAGUUAAAUACCUGUUCUCUGAUAUAUUAACACUUUGUCCAUCACUGCGGUUGUGUAGUAGUACUCCAUAGAGUUCACAUGCAGGGAAGGCCUAUUUUUUGUAUUCAAUAAAUAAUUGUACUUGAAAUAAAACUAAGAGAUCUGGA